AUGCCUCCUCUGUCGGCGUACACUCCGUUUGAGUCCCUGCUCUUUUUCCAGUCUUUAGCUGCCUCCGAUGUGCGCCCGGCAAGCUUCACCUCGAUCUCAACCCUCUUGAGCAACAAUCCACAUGUGCGCCAGCAAGUCGCAUUCAGUGCGGAUCGCCUGAGCCCCGAGGCUCUCGAGGAUCUGUAUACGACAUUGUUGCGCGAUGGUUUCGAUCGAGAAAAUGGUCCUAAUGCAUGGUCGACGGACACCUCGGGAUCCAACAACCCGAAGAAGCGCAAGAUCUCGAGCCCUCGCCCAGAGAAUCAUUCGACCGCUGCCAACCAUGCCGUACUUGUCCCAGAGCUUGUCGCCCACCUGUACGCGGGGUACAAGGAGCUCGUCACGAAAGAGAUCAAAGAAGACGAAAAGCGAUAUACUCAGAUCAAGGAUGAAAUCGACCGUCUCCAGAAAGAAGGCGAUAAAGCCAUAGGACCGACGACUGCAACGCCCAUUCCCACCGGAUCUCCGCCCCAGACGAUGAAUAUUGAUGUGAAGCAGGAAGUGUCACGGCAAGACGAGACUUUGAAGGCAGCUCUUCCACAUAAGGGACCGGAGGAUGUGUCGCAUGGUGCGAGUGAGGUGGUAGGGAAACCGCAGCCUGCAAAUGUCCAUCCUAGCAGCAAUGCGACAGUGGUGGCUUUGAAAGAAUCAGUCGCGCAAGACAAAGCCGCUCCGCCAGGGCAACCGAGUGAUUCAAAGCCCUCGCAAGUCCCCGUUCCCCCACCUCUCGCCCCUCGAACCCAACAGCCGGGUCCUGGAACACCAACAGUACCGCCACCAACUGCAGUACCUCACCCAUCACAAAUUGCCCCGCGGCCGAACAUCCCCACACCUUUGACCAAGGUGGGCGGCGAACCAACUCCCACCCAAUCGAGUUUUCAGCAAUGGCAGCUUGAUCCUCCUCCUCACUCCCCUUACUCCGCCGUCUCUCCUACCGCUACUUCUCACGUUGGUCCCGCGGGUGCCAAACAACCUCAACCUCCCUCCCAGGUCCCAUCACGGAAACACUCCAAGACCUCCGUCUCUUCCAACGUCCCAAGCACGCCAGGUGCAGCGCCCUCAGAUGCGCAAACGCCUGUGCCAAUAGGCUAUCCACGGAUUUCGCAGACCCCGAGUGUGGUUAUUCCCCCGUUCUCCGAGGCUCGAGCUUCUCGUCCACGGCUAUCUAUCGACACCCCCGGCUCGUCUACUCCAUGGAAGCGGACUCCUCGUCUCAGUAUCCCACAUUCCCCAACGUCCCCACCUCGACCACGGCCGGAGGAUGUUAGCCCGAUAAGUGAGAGGGGUUCAUCCCCCGAGGCAUUUGACACCUCACGCACACGGGAAAGGAAGACGAGACGAAGCCAAGCAGCCACCGGUGACAAGUCUACCCCGACCAUCAAAACUGAACGACUAUCGGCCAAUCGGAGAAACCGUGCGAUUAGCUCAGCACGUGAUUCUCGACCGGGACGCCGCAGUGGUGCUGCUCCAAGUGUUGACGAGUCAACCCCCAAGCUACGGUCCAAGCGCAAACGCGGCCUGAGUGAAUCAUUCGAAGAGCCCAAGGUAGACACAUCUCGAUAUGUGGUGUGUACACGCGGUUUCCAUCGAACCGCGGCUCCCAUCUUGAACGAUGUGACUACUCAUAAGCUAGCUUCCAUUUUUGCCAAGCCGCUCGGAGAGCGCGACGCACCCGGCUACCACGACCUGAUCUAUCGCCCGCAAGACCUUAAAACCAUCAAAUCCGCUGUUCACCAAGGAAGCAAAGCCGUGGCCGCUGCAACCGAAGCCGUCAGCACUCCGGCCGGUGCAGGCGAUAGCGAAUCUCCGGCACCGGUCUCCGGAACGCCCACUAAGAACAAUGUUCUCAUGCUCCAGAAGAGCGAAGACCUCCUUCCUCCAAAGGGUAUUGUCAACUCUGCUCAAUUGGAGAAGGAGUUUGUACGAAUGUUCGCCAAUGCAAUCAUGUACAAUCCCGUUCCGGAGCGAGGCUUCGGGCCUGGUUUUCCGAUGAUCAGCGAGCGUGGUUCCCGCGAGAGCACGCAGUCGAGUGACGGGGAAGAGGGCGGUAUCAUCCAAGACUCAAAGGACAUGUUCAAGGAUGUCGAGCAGGCCGUGACUCGAUGGCGUGCCGCCGAGCGCACGGCCGAUGAAUUGGCAUACAAGAACGUGCUGUCGUUGAGGCGAGGUAGUGCCAGCGACUUCAACACGGACAGCGCCGAUGAUGCCAAGGGGUGA